AUGAGUUCUCUUUGGCUACGAGCGUCCCUCUCGCUGCUGCUGCUGCUGGGCGGCUGCUUCCUCGCCGCCGGACGGAGGGAUCAGGGGGCAGCUGGCAGCGCGGUGGAACCGGUUCCUCCAGGUCCCAGGGGAGGCUCCUCGGGUCGCUUCAUCAGCCCAGAGCAGCACGCGUGCAGCUGGCAGCUUCUGCUGCCCACCCCAGGGGCCGCAGAGGGCAGCGAACUUGCGCUGCGCUGCCAGGGUCCGGACGGGGCGCGCCACCAGUGUGCCUACCGCGGGGAACCGGAGCGCUGCGCCACCUACACCGCUCGCCGAUCGCACUACUGGAAGCAGGUGCUGGGCGCGCUGCGCAAGAAGCGGCGGCCCUGCCACGACCCCUCGCCGCUCCAGGCCCGCUUGUGCGCGGGCAAGAAGGGCCACGGCGCGGAGCUACGCCUAGUGUCCGGAGCGUCCCAGCCCGCCCACCCUACCCCCGCCGGCUUCCCGGGGGAGCCCAAGCCCCGAGCCAGGAGCCGGGGACGGUCCCGGGAGCACGCCGCCGGCCUCGCGCCGAGCGUGCGGCCCAAAGAAAAGAAGACCAAAGGGGACAAGAGGAAGGCGGCCUCGGAUCCCCACGAGGAGCGACCUAUGGGGACUGGGCCCUACGCGGAUGCGCUGGACGAGAACACCGAGCUCACAAAGACCUACUGCGCUGAGAAGUGGCACUCCCUCUGCAACUUUUUUGUCAACUUCUGGAACGGCUGA